UCUAUGGUCAAUUAUCGGCUGUUGUCGGGUCGGCUUACGGGUUUUCGGUUUAUCGUCGGCUUUUGAUUUGGUUUUAGUGACUCGUCUAAUUGGAUUAUUUGUUUUUAUUUAAAACUAUAUUUUAUAUUUAAAAUCAGAUGUAUUAGUGAAUAUCGUAAAAUAUAAGCAAGCAUAAGUGGUUUCAGGAUUUUUAAGUAAAGCGUAGAAGGCAGUUGAGGCAAUGGAGCUACAAGCAUUGCUGGUGCUCUGUGGCCUCGGAGUAGUUGGGGUUGCUGUUAUCUUGCUGAUGGGCCUGUUUUCUGCAUCCGGGACAACAUACGAAGAAGCAAUUGCACAACAAAGAAAGGCAACUACUGAACUUCUUGCCCUAGCUGAGAAUAAGGGAAAAGCUAAGAAAACUAGCAAGAAAGCAAAUAAGAAGUUGGCAAAGAAGGAGAGGAAGGAGAGUGCUGCAGCGGCGACAGGCAGUGAACCGGAAAGUGAGGCGCCGGCUGAGAGUGGAGCUGAUGAAGAGACACCUGCUCCCAAGCCUCAUGUAGAAUUCAGCCCUCCUGUUGUUGUGGACGUGCCUACCGAUACUCCUCCCAAUAUUAAGAUCCGCAAACGCGGUAAGGAUCCUAAAGUAAAGCCGAUACUUGUUAACAAAGAGGAUCCGAGCUGCGUUAGCGAUCCGGGCUCCGUGCCCUUCCCCGGCAGUGCCGUCUCCAACCACUUUGAAGAGAUGCACCCCAAGGACGAGUUCGAAUUGUUGCACUCGUCGUUCCUUGAAAAAGCAUUAGAGAAGAAAGAAGAUGCCGGAGAAAAGAAAGACAAGGCUUCAAAGCCAACCAAGAAUACGAAAGCUUCGUCCAAACCGGCCGCCAAUCCGGAGUCUGUUAAAGAUGAAGCUGUACCAGAACGACAGAACACUGCCGAAGGACCUAAAGAACAGAGAAAAGUUAAGAAAGUAGAGAAGAAGAACGUGGUAGAGGAAGUGUCGGUGGCGGAGGAAGUGGUGCCGCCACUGAACGCGCCGCAGCCGAGCGAACUGACGACUGACAAGCUCCUGAAGCAAGCGCUAGCCCCCGUCGCCACCGCCCCCGCCGUCGCCCCCGCGCCCUCCCCACCCGCCGGCAAGGGCAAGAAGAAGAAACCCGAACCCAAUGUGCUCUCACUCAUGGCGGGUGACAGCGGCGGCGUGGCGGUGAGCGAGCUGGUGCGCGUGGUGCGCGAGGCAGCGUUGUCGCGCAACGAGAUACAGAUACUGACAGACGCGUUGCUCAACAAGCACCACGACCCCCUGCCGGAGCACUCAGAGUGGACUGAGGGUCCCAAUGACCCAAUGCAGAAGCUGAAGAAGCAGCUGGCGGAGAAAGAGAAGGCGCUGGCUGACGAGGUGGAGGCGUCGCAAGCCCUUCAUGCUAAGCUGAAGGAAUUGCGCGCGACGCUGAAUUCUGAGAGAGGUCGGUACACGGCGGCUGCGCGCGCGGCGGAGCAGACGGCGAUAGCGUCGCGAGCUGAGCUGCACACACUCCAGACGCGACUGCAGCGUGUACUCGACGAUAACCACACUCUAUCACAGGAAAAAAUACACCUUCAGUCUAAAUUGGCUGCCGAAGGAGAAGCCCAAGCUCAACGGGUUCAGAUGGAAAUGCAUAUCCAGAGAUUGUCGGAAUCCGAGGCGGGUCUGGUGCAGCAGCUGACGGCGCAGCAGGCGGAACUGAACACACUGGCGCGCGAUGCGGCCGCAGGAGCUGCAGCGCGCGAUGCCCUGAUUCUCGCGCAGCGGCACGCAGACGAGCUCGGACAGCAGCUACAGGAGGCUAAUCACGCGUACGCGGAGCUGGAACAGCAGCGGCAGCGUGCGGUUCAAGCGGAGAAGGCGGCCCAGCAGGAGCUGCGCGACGCACAGGACAGGCUGGCCGAAGUAAGUGACCUACAAAACGAAGUUGAACGACUGACCAGUCGCGCUCAAACCGCAGAAGGCAACGUGGAAAACCUUAAAGCCGACAUCGAGAAAGCUAAAGAGGAUGCGGAGCAAGCUAAGGUCAGCGUAGAGAAAGCUAAAGAAGAUGCGGAUACGUACAAGAAAGAAGCAGAAAGAGCUAAGGAAGAAGCCAAGAACGUUACAGAAGAAGCAAAUAAACUGCGAGAGGAAAUGGAGAAAUUAAAACAACAAAUUGAAAUUGUUAGACAGGAAUCGGAGAAACAGAAAUCACAAUUAUCGAACGAAGUGGCGUCUCUGAAGGAACAGUUGUCAUUGCGAGAGUCUGAGCUGGCCGAGGUGAAGCAGAUGACGGCCGCGCCCCCUCACCCCGCACACAACGGACUGCCCAACUCUAAUGAUGACCAGAAAGUAAGUGCAAGUGAACUGGCGAAGGUGGAAAGCGUAGUUGAAGCCCUGAAAGAAGAAUUAACAUCAGCACUGAGUGGCAGCAAGGAGCUGAAAGAGCAGGUCGCCACGCUCCGGGAACAACUGCAGCAGUACCAACAGAAGAAUAACGAGUUGCGAACUAAAAACUGGAAGGUAAUGGAGGCGUUACAAUCCGCCGAAAAGGCCCUCCAGGCGAAAUGCGCCCGCGCGAUGCCGGCCCAAGACACGCUCUCUGAGGCGAUAGUCAAGGCACAAGAGUCACAAUACAAUGAAGUGGCCAGCAUAUUGCGUUCAGCUGUACCCAACAUUGCCCCGGGCUCCGGCACCGGUCAUGACUGGCUGCAGGCCUUCGCCAACAACUUGAAGAACGAAUUCCAGAAGAUUGAGUCGCAGAAGAAGGAACUGGAGAAGAAACAGCGCGAGUUGGAGAAGACAGAAGUACAGGCGCCCGCCGUUGACUCCCGGCUGACAGAAGUGAUCGCACAGACCGAACAGCUACAGACUCUUUUGCAUAAAUAUAAGCAAGUUAUUGCUGAUACGGAGUCUGCGCUAAGUCACCUGCAACAGAACGUGUCUGUGGAGGAGCAGCGGUGGCAGAACCAGCUGGCGGAAAAACAGCGCGAGGUUGAUGCGCUGCAGCAGAGAAUAGCCGCACAGGAAGAAAUGGCGUUUGCAUACUCCUGCAUAGAGAAAUCCUUGCCUACCAUCAUGCAAGAGAUGCAGAAGAAAGCAGACAAAGCAGAUGUUAUAUUAAGCCAGGCACAGAAACCAAACCACAGUCACAGUUUUGCUGACACCGAAAGACUAACAGAGGAAAGAUUGAUGGGCAGCUUAUCAGAAAAACUUGAUUCACGUAAUGGUCCCCUACAGGUGAAUAUGAAUGUUUAA